GGAAAGCACCAUCUCUCCUCAUAUUCUGUGUUCUGCAGUUCAUCACUCUGUCCUGAAUCCCUAAAAGAACGCAAACUGCUUCUCUCAUCCCACCUGCAAGGUAACCAUCAGCAGAGAAGAAAUAAACAGCAAAUUUUCAGAGCAGGAUGCAGCGUUUCAGAGAAGGCAUUCACAUACGCACCAUGAAGGCCAAGAGGAAAGUGGAAGAGAUCUCCAAAGAGGACAUCCAAACUUUCCUAAAAAAGAAUGCCUUUGUUCUGUUUACGGUUGGUGCAGUUAUUGUAGGAAUUGUUUUGGGAUUUGCUUUGCGUCCUUACAAGAUGUCCUAUCGAGAGGUGAAGUACUUUUCAUUCCCUGGAGAACUACUGAUGAGAAUGCUGCAGAUGCUUGUUUUACCCUUACUGGUCUCCAGUUUAAUAACAGGAAUGGCAGCAUUGGACAGCAAAGCCUCGGGCAAGAUGGGCAUGAGAGCUGUGGUUUACUACAUGACCACUACCUUUAUUGCAGUCUUCAUUGGCAUCCUCAUUGUCCUGAUCAUCCACCCAGGAAAAGGAUCUAAAGAUGAAUUUGGAAAGCAACAGCUGAUAGAGCAAGUCAGUCCUGCAGAUGCCUUUUUGGAUCUGAUCAGAAAUAUGUUUCCGCCAAAUUUGGUCCAAGCCUGCACACAACAGUUCAAAACCAAAUAUGGAAAACGAGUCAUUCAUGUGACCAUGACUGUGAACGACACUCUCUUUAAUACAACCAAUGGAACCCAGGAAGUUAUGGAGAUCACCCGAGAGGAAGUGAUACCAGUGCCUGGUCAGGUGAACGGUGUCAAUGCACUAGGGUUGGUAGUCUUCUCUAUGUGCUUCGGGCUGAUCAUUGGCAAUAUGAAGGAGCAAGGCCAACUCCUGAGGGAUUUCUUUGACAGCCUCAACGAAGCAAUCAUGAAGCUGGUUGCUAUCAUCAUGUGGUAUGCUCCUAUUGGUAUCCUGUUCCUCAUUGCGGGGAAAAUAGUGGAGAUGGAUGACCUUACACAAAUGGGUGGCCAGUUGGGCAUGUAUACGAUCACAGUGAUCAUUGGUCUUAUGAUCCAUGCCAUUCUUAUUCUUCCCACGCUGUAUUUUGUCAUCACUCGGCAGAACCCUUUCAUUUUUAUUGCUGGGCUUUUGCAAGCUUUGAUCACUGCGUUGGGCACCUCUUCCAGCUCAGCCACCCUUCCUGUCACGUUCAAAUGUCUGGAGGAGAACAACAAAAUAGACAAGCGAAUUACUCGCUUUGUAUUGCCUGUGGGUGCUACCAUCAACAUGGACGGCACCGCACUCUAUGAGGCGCUGGCGGCCAUUUUUAUUGCCCAAGUCAACAACAUGGAAAUGAACUUUGGUCAGAUCAUUACCAUUAGUAUUACAGCAACUGCAGCUAGUAUUGGAGCUGCCGGGAUUCCACAAGCAGGCCUGGUCACUAUGGUAAUUGUACUGACUUCUGUUGGACUUCCUACUGAUGACAUCACUCUGAUCAUUGCAGUUGAUUGGUUCCUCGACCGCCUGCGUACCACCACCAAUGUUUUGGGGGAUUCAAUCGGAGCAGGCAUCAUAGAGUUCCUCUCCCGGCAUGAGCUUCGUAGCAAAGAUGUGGAGAUGGGAAACUCUGUGCUGGAGGAGAAAGAGAGGAAGAAACCUUACAAACUCAUCUCACAGGAUAGUGAUUUGGAAAAUGACAAACGUGGUCACAAUGAAUCAAUCAUGUAGUUCUUCCGAAGUAUGCGCUUCAGCUUUUGAAUACAUGCAACUGACGCUGUUUUGUUUGGAGCUGUUGCUCUCCUCUUUGAAUUCACACUAACAUUUGGGUUUUAUUUUGUUUAACAAGUGAUGAAUUUAAUACAUUCCUCUUCCAUCCAAAUUAACAAAGACAGUUUUCUUUAAUUACAUAGUCCAUAAUUUUUUGUACCAUAUAUUUACUUCAUGAAUGAAUGCUCAUUAAUGUAAUAUCACAUUAUCUUCAUACAAGGAUUGUGUAUGUGUGCAAGUGCUUUAUGCGCAAUUAGUUAAUGGAAAUGGAAGUGAAGUGUUGUAUUUUUUAAAAAUAAAGCCAAAAACACUCAAAAAAGCAUGCUGCGGGCUAAAACAAUGUCUAACCAUAAUAAUUAUCAUAAUUAUCUUAUUUUCACCAAUUGUUAUUAUUGACUAAAAAUAUUGUUGGAUAUAAUGUUCCUAAAGCCUGUUUAUUAGGCCACUAUUGGCUACUAUGUAUUACUAUCGCAUGUGUGGACGGUUUUAUCAAUUGGACUCCUUUAAGUUACCAUGACACAAAUAAACAUUCAAGAUUCAA